AUGUUUUUUAUUAAAAGUAUAAUUUUCGUCUCGUUUAUUUAUCUUGGUAACGCCAAAUUGAGUAAUAAAGACGAAAAUUUGUGCGUUGGAAAGCCUGAUGGAACUUUGCUUCCUCAUCCGGAAAAUUGCAGUAAAUUUCUGAAUUGUAACAAUGGAAUUUCAUUUGCCGGAGAUUGUCCUGCUGAUUUGUAUUUCAAUCCCGUAAGCUCUCAAUGUGAUUAUAAAGAGAAUGUAAGUUGCCAUGUGCAAGAAAUUCCCGAAGAAGAUGAAAAAGAAGAUGUUGAAUGUCCUGAGACUGGCGUGGCUUUUGUCGCAAGUAAAAUUCAAUGCGACUGGUAUUACAUUUGUAUGCAAGGCACGCCAAGUCGCAUGAUUUGCGCCGAAGGAAUGCAUUUUAGUGAAACCGAAUCACGAUGUGAAUCUGAAUCAACAGCAAAUUGUCAGAUAGGAGUUUCAUCGACGACGACGACAACCAAUGAGCCUUCAACCUCAAACCCGUCAAAUGAGUUUGACAAAUUUUGCAAACCAGAUACUCUUCACUCGAUUCCCCAUCCGUUCAAUUGCAAUCUUUUCAUUCUUUGUUUCAAUGGAACUGCUAUCGAACGUUUUUGUGACGAUGGAUUGCAUUACAGUGCAAAAGAUUCGGUUUGUUUGGCUCCACGCGAAGCCAAAUGCAUUGCUGAUGGCACAAUUUGCCCGAAAACCAAUGAUGUCAAUGAUAUUGUUGUUGUCGAGAACAUUUAUGAUUGCAAUAGUUUUUAUAUGUGUUUCAAUGGCAGUCCCGUUCCAAUUCAGUGUGGCCCGAAUCAACAUUGGAAUCAAGAAAAAGGAACUUGUGUGUUAGAAGAAAACUCCAAUUGUAAGGCCAUUGAGUAUCCUUUUCCGAAUUUGAAUUUCAAACAUGCUACUUGUCAAACGUCGGGCUCGUAUUUUGUUCCUCAACAAGGACAAGAAUCCAUUUUGUUGUGCAAUAAUGGUGUCCCAACCUUUAUUGAUUAUUCACCAUCCAUUUGUCAAUUUUUGGAAAGUUGUACGUUCCUCGUCGAGGACAUUCGGGAAACGGAUUCGGAUCAACAAAUCCUUGAGCUUGACAAUGCGCAGCUACGGGCAUCCCAAUAUAGCAAAGAUAGUAUUUGGCACAGUCGAUAUUGCUUGCGAGAAAUAUUGGCUUUCCUUGAGUUUUCGACAUUGGAGGACAUUCAAUUCCAGGUUCAGGAAUUUCAGGAGAGAUUGAUGUACCCGGAGGAUAAUGUUUCCUGCGACGAAGAAAUCAAACCUGAUCCUCGUUGCCCCCAAGAGGAAACAGAAGAAUCGAAUGUUACGCAUCUUCCUCAUGACUCGGAUUGUACCAAAUUCCUUGUGUGUGUAAACGGAGGAGCAAUGGAAAUGCAAUGCCCAGAGACAGGAGAUGGAGGUCAUUUACAUUGGAAUGCAGAGGAAAACACUUGCGAUUGGCCCGAAAACGCUAAAUGCCAAAAGUAA